AUAAUUUUCAUUUCAUAUUCCUUAUUUAAAAAAAAAAAAAAUCUUUCAUUGCUCUCACUUACUGUACAAAAGGAUCGUUACAGAUGGAGAAUAUAGAAAAAAAAUCGAAUAAGGAACCUCGCCGGUGAGGCUUCCCAUCGACCCGACGACGAAGGAUACGAAGAAGAAGAUCAGGAACUGUCCAAAUGGAACCCUAGAAGGAAGAAAGGGCAAAAAGAGAAUAAGAAGAGCGAAAGAAUUAAGGAGAAAAGCCGAUUCAAUCAAAUCUUGAGCGAUUCGCAGCCGAGUCAUGAGACCGAUUCAACCACAAACUGGUACUGGUACUGGAACGGUAACAGCAGCUGGAACUGGAACUGUUACGGCCAAUCGAAACAAGUCGCGUAGGCGUUCUGACUUAACCCUACCUCUUCCUCAGCGAGACCCAAAACUUGCGGUUCCUCUUCCUCUUCCACCUACUUCCAGCUCUGCCCCGUCUACGAGUCAUCAACAAACUCAGCAACUGAGUUUUUCGGACCUUGACCGAAUCAAUCGCAUAGGAAGCGGCGCUGGAGGAACUGUGUACAAAGUGAUCCACCGUCCGACUGGGAGGCUUUACGCCCUGAAAGUAAUAUAUGGAAACCAUGAGGACUCGGUGAGAAGGCAGAUGUGCCGCGAGAUCGAGAUUCUCCGAGGCGUCAAUCACCCUAAUGUGGUUAAAUGCCACGAAUUUUACGAGCACAACGGGGAGAUCCAAGUGCUACUAGAAUUCGUGGAUGGCGGAUCCCUAGAAGGCACCCAUAUCGGCCUGGAGGCGCAGUUGUCGGAUGUGGCCCGGCAAAUCUUGAGCGGGAUUGCAUAUCUCCACCGCCGGAAAAUUGUUCACAGGGAUAUCAAGCCUUCGAAUCUGUUAAUCGAUUCGAGGAAGAAUGUGAAAAUUGCUGAUUUUGGGGUGAGUAGGAUUCUGGAGCAGACUAUGGAUCCGUGCAACUCAUCAGUUGGUACUAUUGCCUACAUGAGUCCUGAGAGGAUCAACACGGACUUGAAUCAUGGCCAGUACGACGGCUUUGCUGGCGAUAUUUGGAGCUUUGGGGUAAGCAUAUUGGAGUUUUUUCUAGGGAGGUUUCCGUUUGCAGUUGGGCGGCAGGGCGAUUGGGCAAGCUUGAUGUGUGCCAUUUGUAUGUCGCAACCACCUGAGGCUCCGCCUACCGCUUCCAGAGACUUUCGGGAAUUUAUUGCUUGUUGUCUGCAGAGAGAGCCGGCGCGAAGGUGGACUCCCAAUCAGUUGUUACAUCAUCCCUUUAUAACAAGGAACAAUGGAGGCCAAAGAGAGGUGAACCAGAAUCUACAUCAACUGUUGCCUCCCCCACGUCCUCUUUCUUCUUAGCUGCUUCUUCCUGCUCCGUUUUCUUUUUUAGCCUUAUUCAAAAUAUAUUUUGCGAAUUAUCUCAAUGAUUUUGGUUAUUGUCUUUGUUGCUGCUGCUGUUGUCGUUGUCAUUAGUUCUCUCUCUCCCUCUCUCUCUCUCUCUCUCUCUCUUUUUUGUAAUUUUCAUAUGAUGGUCAGAUUUGAUUUUUAGAAGAAAAUGGGGGAAUGGGGUUUAUCCUGGUUUCAACGUUCAA